AUGAGGCUCAAUGCAGACCUCAUCAACCACUCCCUCUCCUACCUGAACCCUCUGAAGGAGCGAGAGCUCGACCUUCGAGGACAUCGAAUACCCGCCAUUGAGAACCUGGGUGUCGCCGGUCCGCAAGAUGCCAUCGACUUUACCGACAACGACAUACUGACCCUGGGUAACUUCCCGCUGUCGCCCCGCAUACGGACGCUGCUCCUCGCCAGGAACCGCAUUGUCAGCAUACAGCCCACGCUGGCCAAUGCGAUACCGAACCUCACGAAUCUGCAGCUGGCAUCCAACAACCUGAGCGAGCUGGCAGACCUCGAUCCGCUCAGGGGCUUCAAGAAGUUGACGCAUUUGGUGCUGAUGGACAACCCUGUAGCGAAGAAGGAGAACUACCGCUACUGGAUUCUUUGGAGGUGCCCUAGUGUUCGGUUUCUCGACUAUCAAAAGGUCAAGCAGGUGGAACGGGAACACGCCAAAGAAAUAUUUGGCACUGAGGCUGAGCCUACAGAGCUUGCUCUCAAGAUCCUUGGAACCAAAUCCAGUUCCUUGGACAAGACUACCAAGACGGCCAAUGCGCCAUCAACGGCCGGCUCAAAGCUCUCCCGCAUCAAGCUCACAGACGAAGAGCGCCAGAGGCUGCAGGAGCGCAUCAAGAAUGCAAAGAGUUUGGACGAGAUCUUAAGGUUGGAGAAGGAGCUGAACGAAGGAAGGUUACCGGCCGGCAUCCACGCGAGCGACAUGAUGGAGGAAUGA